GUUUUCUGGAGCAACAUGUGGCUUGGCUUUAGUGUUUGUCUUUCCUGCUUUGGUCCACAUAAUCUCCCUACGAAGGCAGGGGUUGCUUCGCUGGCCAUCAGCCCUCUUCCACAUUUGCCUGAUCUUGCUCGGCAUUGCCAACCUGCUAGGUCAGUUCUUCAUGUGAGAGUCAGACACUCUUAACUGUUCAGAAGCCAGAUUAAAAGGUGUGAUGGAGAUUUCAGAUGGGAAUCUCUGAAAUUAGAUGUAGAGUAAUGUGCAUAACCGGACUUAAGUCAUGGCCACCAAAAUAAUACUUAGAUAAACCACGGCAGCCUUCAGCCAGUCAGAUUAAAUGUCUGUGUUAUGAGAUUAAAUAUCGCACACUUCCUGUAGUACAAGUGAUUGCUGUGACUUAUAGAGGUUUCAGGGCAACAACAUGAAUCCAGUGUCUUCUUUUUAUAACAGUAUUUUUUUAUUUUCUUCAUGCAGUCCAGCCAGUGGAUGAAAUCUUCCUCAUAAAUAAUUUCUCAGUUGAUACUGUUGUUUAUACCUGCCUAGACUGAUCCCAAACAGCUUGCAUAGACACACUGUGAACUGUUCUGAAACUGUCUUUGAUAACAUCAGUAGCAAGAUUUCAGGAACAUUUAAAAUAUGGGACACAAUUGAGAGCUAUAAGACAACCAGAGGAGUAUCUUGUUAUUUAAAUUCAUACAGUAACUCUUCAGAGUCAAACAUUAACUCUACAAUUAAUAGUGCACACUUUUUGUGACAGUGAAAUAUCAACUAAAUCUGUAGCUCCGCUUAGCUUUACAGGGGUUAAUAGUGGUUUUUAGCUCAUUGUUUCGCUGUCUGACCCACAGCUAUACUGGUUUAGUUCAUUGUCACCGCUCUCAUAGCGUUUUUUUUUUUCAGAGAAACAUCUCUAAAGCUCUGUUGUACACUACUUCCUCAGCACCAGUUGGUAGAGACCAAAAACUGAGCUAAAAUUGAGUUUAUAUUGAACUUAGAUUGAUCAGGUGACACAAAAACCAUUCCAACGUUGCUGCUGCUCCUGAACGUGUAAAUAAGCAACUGUUUGCUGACAAGAUCAACUUAAAAGGUGAUGAUGUGUCGAUGUUGUGUCUUACAAAUGGAAUUGUUUCGACUUCCCCCAAGUGAACAAAAAAUGAGUUACUGCAGGUUAAAAUUUGUUACAUGAGAAGCUUUACAGCUGAAUUUUAUGAUCAUUGAGUUGUAGUUCACCAGGGAAUAAUUUUACUAACUUUGUGAUUAUGUAACCUGUGUAUAUGUAUUGUUGAAGAAACAUUUGGCGCAGUCUUUUAAUUUUUAUGAAUAGUGUUGAUUUACAUGUAUGACAUGUUUACAUGAUGCCUAGAUGAUGUGUCCAAUGUGUUAUAUUUUACUAAUGAUAGGAUAGACAAAGGGAAUAUGUGUGUGAAAAUAAACCAUCUCAGUCUGUAA